AACUGUAAGUAAUUUUAAUAUGUAGCAAUAACUUUUGUAACAGUGGUUAUAACAGCUCCAACUAGUAAUCAAAAAUCUGAGUCAUUAAAGGAAACAUUCUAGGAAAGAAUCACUGCAUUUAUGUUUACAAAACUCAUUUGUAAUGGAAUUACUGUGGAUGAAUGACGUGUGAAGUGAAACAAAAUGGCACAAAGUGAUCAUGCUUAUGUUAAUUUGAGUGCAGAAAAUCCGUUCGAGACAGAUUUGGGUGCGCUGCAGCUGUUUAAGGACUAUCCAGACGGAUUGCUGGGGUUUGCAUUUGCGUGUUGCAUUUUGUUCAUGUUGGUUGGAAUACCCGGGAAUCUCAUCACCAUCAUCGCAUUGGCGCGCUAUGAAAAGAUACGCAACGCAACAGCGAUAUUCAUUAUAAGCUUAUCCUUCUCCGAUCUUCUUCUUUGCUGCUUCAACCUGCCCCUCUCUGCGUCUACGUUUAUCCAUCGUUCUUGGGUCCACGGGCGAUUCCUCUGCAGGCUGUUUCCUCUGAUGAGGUACGCUCUCGUGGCAACCUCACUCUUCACUGUUAUGGCUAUCACUAUGAACAGAUAUGUGAUCAUCGCACACCCAAGGCUUUAUCCGAGGAUGUACAAACAAGGAAACAUAACGUUGAUGCUUGCAGCAAUUUGGUUGGCGUCUUUCGGAGUAUUAAUAGCGACCUGGUUCGACAAAUGGGGUCGCUUUGGUUUGGACGUAGAUAUUGGUUCCUGUUCUAUAAUACUAGAUAAAAACGGACGCUCGCCUAAAAAAAUACUCUUUAUGACUGCCUUUCUACUUCCCAGCAUCUCAAUACUCGUAUGUUACACCAGAAUCUUUUUCAUCGUGAGGAAAACUACAAAAAAUUCUGGCAAUUCAAAGAAAACUGGUAUUCAUAAUGCAAUAGCUAGUAUUUCAUCCGUUGAUUCUUCGGAUGGUUUAUCGUCCGUUAAAGUUUCUGGGCGGGAAAGUAGCAGAGAUAAUAUUGAUUCUCAAUAUGACGAUGAUGACUUUAGCAGAAACAAAAAUACAACAUUCCAAAUUCAAACUAAGGAAGAUAAAUUGACAGUGAACCAGGCAAUCAAACAUCAACCUUCACGCCUCAGAAGAACAGCGUUGAGGAAAUCUAUGGCACUCCUGAAAUUAUCACUACCAACACGAAAGGAUAAAAGGCUCGGAACUAUGAUCAUCGCCAUUAUAAUAUCUUUUUGUAUGUGUCAUUUACCAAUUACAAUAACGAAGAUGGCUAGAGAAAUAACACCCUUACCUGCAUUGAAUAUUGCUUCAUAUCUUUUAUUAUAUUUAUCAUCAUGUAUCAAUCCAGUUAUAUAUGUAGCUAUGUCAAAAGAAACUAGGAAAGCAUAUAUGCAUCUUUUUAAAUCUCGACGGAAAUAAAUAUUUAUUUCCGUUAAGUAUGCAAAAUUAUUCCAUUUAGGAUAGGUGCGUUAAUUGGAAAUAUAGGAAUUGGAAUUUCAUUACGUGCGGUAACAGGAUUUGCAAAUUAACUAUUUUACAAUAAACGGAACGUCGCUGUGCGAUCAAGUAAUAAAACAAUUGUGUUUUUCAUGUGCCAUCGACAUGAAUAAUAUUGAUAUUACUAGAAUAUUUAGGAUAAUUUUAAAUUAUUAUUUAAUAUGCAUACUCUAGAAACACGUUUACAUAAAUAUCUAUUUUGUAACAUUAAAGGUAGAUAUAAAGGGUGUUGAAGAGCCAAUGACAAGUAUAAUAUAUACUUUGCAUUUAUUUGUUGAUAUGACAUUGAAAUAUUAUUUUACUAACAUUUGUUAAUAAGUUGUCAAAAUAACAAAUAAUUUUGUAUGUCUGUAGUUGUAUACGAAUAAUAUAAUUAGGUAUAUCUUGUGAUAGAUUGAUAUUUAUCCUAUACGUGGUAAUUAAAAUAACUUUAAUAUAUUUAAUAGAGUCCUAAAUUGAAUGUAUGUAUUGUUUUAAAUAUUUUGGAGGUGAUGGAAUCACGUGUAUAGUAUGCAAUAAUAAUUAGUAAAUAUGUAACAUUCAUUGUUACAGAAAAACUAUUUUAAGUAUGUAUAUAAAAUACGUCAAACACUCGCUGCCUGCGGCUUCAUAAAAUAUCGUUGUAAUAAUGUUCAUAAAUAUGGGUUGGGAUACUUGUAUCCCAACCCAUAAAAAAUAAGAAAAUUUGUGUUUAUACAAUAAGUAAGAAAAUGUGGGCUCUUUUUUUGUUAGUGGCCUUUAAAAAAGGCACUUACAGCAUUUAUUUUGAUAUCUCGGGCAACUAGUGUUUGAUAUAUAAUUAUGUUAUAAAAAAUAUAUAGAUUUAACUACGACGUCAUACCGUAAAUGAAUAAAACAAAGUUUCGAAUCUGAUCUCAUCAUAAAAUGAUUGAUGGUAAUUUAAACUACUUUUUGAAUAUUUAAAAAGCAUAUAAUUUUAACAUUAAUUUAAUUUCUUUGUAGUACCAUUGUAGUCUAUAUACCCACGAAUAAAUGGAAAGUCGUAUUUUGUGUUCGGUUAUACUGCUAAAAGUACUGAAGCGUUCGGAAUGAAACUUAUACAAUAAGAUGCAUCGUGUUUCGGAGAUGGUUUUAGUAUAUAAUAUUUUGGUGGUUACUUAUCUGGAACAUAUAUUUUUUUGACAUAAAAAUACCAAUAUUAUAUAAGCAAUACCACGGACUAGUAAAAAAAUAAGGACUCCGUGUCACCUUACAUAACAGUGUAGCACCAAAACAAGCCGAUUAACGUGUAAAUACAACAGCCCCACGCACACACUUACACUACUACAGGCCGAUAGGCGGCCAUUAUGAGAGUUGUCAUCGUCUGUGACAGAUCAGUUUGCGUCUCAAUAAAAUAUUUUAAAAAUGCCGUCGUGCGUUGUGAAAAAGUGUAAAAACGAUACUUUACAAGUAUUUGUGGCCAUAUAUGAUUAUUCAAGGGAGAAAAAAUAGUGUAAUUAUUAUCCCCCGUAACAGCACACACAGUAGCAUAACGGUGCUUCACUUGUUAAUAUCACGGCGCCGAGUCCUUCUUUUUUUACUCGUCCGUGAAGCAAUACAUUUAUUUUUUCAUAUCCGUGAACUAUACGAAUAAGUGAUUUUGAUUUGAUUUGCAAAAUUCUGCCGAUAACAUUUCAUUAUACAUGACAAUUCAUACAAUGAGCGGGCACGGGGUUUUGUUCAGCACUUGUUAUAUAAUAGCUAAUCUUCUUUUAAAAGAAAGCUGGACGGUUAUGUGGGUCUUCUGGUGUUGCAAUGGAGUGUAGCCAGGGAUGAUCACCUACUGAAUCAGAUGAAACCAGAUGCUCGUUCUCCUUAUAAAAAAAAACGAUGAUUGAUGAAUGAUCACGAUUAUGAUAAAUUAAAACUCCUUCAUGUCGUGAAGCAGUAAUGUGUAAGCAUUACUGUGUUUCGGGCUGAAGGGCGCCGUAGCUAGUGAAAUUAUUGGGCAAAUGAGACUUAAUAUCUUAUGUCUCAAGGUGACGAGCGCAGUUAUAGUGCCGCUCAGAAUUUUUGGGGUUUUUCAAGAAUCAUGAGCGGCACUGGCAGGGCAGGGCGUAUCAAUUACCAUCGAACGCCCUGCUCGUCUCGUCCCUUAUUUUCAUAAAAAAAAUGUCCUUAACUUUACUUAUUUACAUUUACGUUAUUUAAAUAUAUAUACUACAACUUAAUGUCAAAAUUUAAUUCCUUACGUACUAAGUCUCUAAUUCAAAUUCAAAUUCAAAUAUUUUUAUUCAAAAUAGGAUUUAUAAUCACUUAUUGAACGUCAAAAUCUACCACCCAUUCAAAAGAGACUGCCUCAGACCUGAGAAGAAUGGGCGCAAGAAACUAAUGCCCUAACCAUUAAGUAAAAUUUACUAAACCCACUUUCAACCAUACUUUCUAAACUAAAGAAUUAAGAUGGUCAUUUGAGAUCUGGUGUUAUGAUACACACAUUUUGAUCUUCAAUAAUAUUACAUAAUUUGAUGCUAUCAUAUUUCAAUUACCGAUUGUCUGUUAGUUCUAUCACCUCUUAUUUAUCUUUCCAUUAUUACAUCAAAUGAUGCCCAGGUAAUUGAAUACUUCCUAUUAGACAAGCACUACUACUCACGUUUAUUGGAAGGUAUUCAUUUCAAGCUACCCACUAAGCCCAAGUGCUCAGAAUAAAUAGUAAUGAAAACAUAGCAUAGGAGUUAUAAAAUUGUUUUUCAUCAUCGAAAUAAAGAUGUAAGGACUCACUUAAUUAAUUUAUAAUAUAU